AUUUUUGUUAGAAAUUUAAGCGGUAAUACUAUUACCGUCGAAGCUCAACCAUUUGAUACCAUUGAUGUUGUUAAAAGUAUAAUCGAAGAUAAAGAAGGGAUUCCAUCGGAUUAUCAAAGAUUAAUUUUUAGUGGUAAACAGCUUAAUGAUAGUUGUAGUCUAAUUGAUUAUUCUAUCGAAAAAGAAUCAACCUUACACUUGUCGCUUAGUUUACUUGGAGGUGCUAAAAAACGUAAAAAGAAAACUUAUACCACGCCAAAGAAAAUUAAACAUAAAAGAAAGAAAGUUAAAUUAGCUGUAUUGAAGUAUUAUAAAGUUGAUGACAAUAAUAAGAUCACAAGACUCCGUAGAGAGUGUCCAAAUGUUUCAUGUGGUGCUGGUAUCUUUAUGGCAUGGCAUUAUGAUCGUCAAUAUUGUGGAAAG